AUGGUGCAAAACUUAAUGGAUAACAAAGAGUUGGAGUUUUAUGAAGAGAUCAAGGGACUAGAAGAAGGAGAAGUUUAUGCUUCAGAGGAAGGAUCUGCGGAGAGAACUCAAGAGGUUAAUCACCCAGUGGUGAUUAUUUCAAAGCCAAUGAACAAAGAAUCUGGAAUACAAACAGUGCCAAAGGUCAUAAUCCAAAAACCUGUAUCCUUUCCCUACAAGGAUAGCAAAAAGGUUCCUUGGAAUUACGACUGCAAUGUGACGAUUCCAGAAAAAGAGAGCUUGAUAAAUGCUUCAGAAGAGGAAGAAGGAUUCUAUACACGAAGUGGAAAACGCUAUGAUCCGGCAAAUACGAUAGUGGAAUCUGGAAAAGAAAAAGCCUUAGCAGCUGAGUUGGGAAAAAUAAAAACAGACAAAAUUGAAUCGCAUGUCAAUCGGCCGGUAACUGAAAAUGAGGCUAGAGAAUUUCUAAAAUUCUUGAAACAUAGCGAGUACAAUGUGGUGCUCAAUGAAACUUCUGUCGCUAACGAUAUCUCAGUGAAUAAGUUGGACCGCUUGGUUAACAAUAUCAGUGUCGACAAUUUCAUUUUCUUUAAUGAUGAUAAAAUACCGCUGGGGGGAAGAGAAGCCACCAAAGCAUUACAUAUCACUGCUCGUUGCGGGGAGUGUAUGUUAGCGGGAGUGCUAAUUGAUAAUGGAUCAGCCUUAAACGUUUUACCUCUGUCCACCUUAAAAAGGUUACCAGUGGAUAGCUCUCACAUGAAACCAUGUCAGAACAUAGUGAGAGCAUUUGAUGGUACCGAAAGGAAGGUGAUGGGAAGAAUAGAAAUACCCCUCUUGAUUGGCCAAAAUACAUACGAGGUGGAUUUCUUAGUGAUGGAUAUCGAGCCUUCGUAUAACUGCUUGUUGGGAAGACCCUGGAUUCAUUCAGCAGGAGCGGUGCCUUCAUCAUUGCACCAGAAUUUUAAAUUGGUAACAGAAGGCCGGUUAAUUACGAUUGACGCGGAGGAAGAUAUCAUUGCAUCGGUAACCAGUGACACACCAUAUUUGGGAACAGAUGAUGAGGCGGUCGAAUAUUCCUUUCGAUCAUUAGAGUUCAUAAAUGCGACCUUCAUUAUUGAGGGAAAGAAGAUCCCGAUGCCCAGCAUAUCUAGAGCCACGAGGAUGGGACUACAAAUGACAAUUGGAAAAGGAGCUGUGUUUGGAAGAGGACUGGGAAGAUGCCUUCAAGGAAAGAUAGAGGUACCGGUGGUGAAGGAUAAACGAGACCAUUUUGGUUUAGGAUUUAAACCAAAUGCUAAGCAAAGAAGAAAAGAGUUGGAGAAAAGACAAGAGAGGAGGAAGGCGCGUAGGAACGGAAAAGAAGUUGAUUGGGAACCGAUGGCUUUCCCCCACAUAUCCAAGACCUUCGUAUCAGGAGGAACCAUGUAUUCUGAACUGAGGACUCCAAGAAUGAAGAUCACAGAGGAAAUGCUAGAAAACUUGAACAUCAAUGCCAUAUUUGAAGAAAACUCUGAAGAAGGAAAUACAUCAGGCAUUUAUCCCGUUGAACUUGGAAGUGUUUUAAACAAUUGGACUGUAGAAGAAAUGCUUGAAGUUUUUAGAGCUUUUUCAGAGUAA